CGAAGACGGAUGCCAAUUUGUUGCGUCUGCUAUCCGCCCUCAAAAUCAAACCUACACGCAAGUCUGCUUGCGGAAGGAAGUUGCCUGCACGACAGCUUCAAAUCGCUCAAUAGGUCGUUUUUUAUCGAUUCAGGAACAAUGGAGCGGGACGCUUCUGUGUCCCGGUUGGCGACAUGCGAUAAGCAGCGACAAUCAGUCAUUGAAACUCCCGUCCCACGUUUAUUGGCAUUGAAACCAAUACCUGGAUCUGAUCCCAUUAGGGCUGACCCAGACACUUCCGAAGUGAGUAAGCCAUCAAAAAUAAAAGUCAUGAACGUCAGAACCGGCCAGUUGUGAGGAUAUAAGCGCGUGCACGGGUUGAGAUAACAGCAAACCGACCCUCACGCCAGCGGCAGUCGCAGAGAACAUGCAGACCUCCAUCGUGCUCUUGGCCCUGGCAGUGGGCGCCACGUGCGUGCCCAUCCCAUCAGACAGCCAGCUGCUCGGCCAGUGGCAGGCGUUCAAGGCCCAGCACGGGAAAACGUAUCAGAGUGAACUUGAAGAAACAUCCCGGUUGAAGGCGUUCAAGGACAACGCCAUAAGGGUUCUCAAGCACAAUGCUCGCUUUGAGAGAGGUGAAGUUACUUUUCGGGUCGCCCUGAACCGUUUCUCCGAUCUGCACACGCGUGAGUUCGCAGAGAUCUUUACUGGUGUCCGUCUGGACACGCUUAAAGUGGGCAGUCGCGUGCACAACGCAUCACUCAGUUCUGCCGGCAACUUGACCAGCGUCGACUGGAGUAAGGAAGGAUUCGUCACCCCCGUCAAGGACCAAGGCCUGUGUGGCGCCUGCUGGGCUUUUGCGGCCACCGGUGCUCUGGAGGGACAAAUCUUUAAAAAGACGGGGAAGCUCGUUUCUCUCAGCGAACAGAACUUGGUAGAUUGCUCAUUGAAUGGAAAUAACCGUGGCUGCAAGGGUGGAAACCCUCAGGGAGCCUUUUCGUACAUCCACACGAAUGGAGGCAUUGACACGGAGAGCAGCUAUCUUUAUGAGGCUAAGGAAGGCAGCUGCAGAUACAAGGAAGAACACAGUGCAGGCACGCUCUCUCGUUACGUUGAGGUGAAGCAGACUGAGGAAGCUUUGCGCGAAGCGGUGUCUUCUGUGGGCCCCGUGGCCACUCUUUACGACGCCACCCACUGGAGCAUCCAGCACUACCACAGCGGCAUUUACUACGAGCCUGCGUGCAGUUCCAAUGUGAACCAUGCCGUGCUUAUCGUGGGCUACGGCAGCGACGGCGACGGCCAGGACUACUGGAUUGCGAAGAACUCGUGGGGCACCGCCUGGGGCGAACAAGGAUAUUUCAAGACCGCCCGUAAUAGGGGGAACCACUGCGCGGUCGCCAGUUGGGCCAGUUACCCCGUAGUCUGAACUGAGUUGUGACUGUACGGAUGCUGCCAACACCAACCAUGCCAAUUGUGAUAUUAGUUUUAAUUUAUUUCUCAAUAUGAUUCUCACUUAAAAUAAAGUCUGGUUAACACUA